AUGGAUACUGGUUCGUUCCUUCGUGGAAACGAGACUUAUGAUGAGUUUUUCGAACGGUGCAACAAUCUUUCACGUUUCGAUUGCACUGAAGAAGAAAUGCUAUGGUGGCUAAUGGGCUCCAGGAGGCUGCCUCUCAGGGAAAUAAUCCCUAUUAGCAUUGUAUUAGUGGUGAUUUUCCUUACUGGCGUGAUCGGAAACGUGUGUGUUUGUGUGGUCAUAGUUAAACAUCCAGGGCUGCAUACGGCAACUAAUUACUACUUGUUCAGUUUGGCGAUUAGUGACCUGCUGUUGUUAAUGUUCGGUCUCCCGAACGACUUGUCAGUGUAUUGGCACCAAUACCCUUACAGCCUGGGCCUCGUGUUCUGCAAAUUGAGGGCCUUAAUAUCGGAGGCGGCUACGUACGUUUCGGUCCUGACUAUAUCGGCGUUCUCGCUGGAACGCUACCUGGCGAUAUGUCACCCUCUGCACGUAUACGCGAUGGCCGGCCUCACUCGCGCUUCAAGGAUCAUACUCAUUCUGUGGAUCAUAUCCAUCGUCUGUGCUUCGCCUUUUGCUGUCUACACCGAUAUCACCUACCGAGAUUACCCGCCAAAUUCCGGCAACAUUUCCGUGGACUCGGCAUUCUGCGCUUUAAUGGCAUCCUCGCCGCUACUGGAACUAAGCAGCAUCUUCUUCUUCUUCAUACCUGCCGUUCUAAUACUGUGUCUCUAUGUCAGGAUGGGUCUACAUAUAAGAUCCACCAGGCUGACUGAGAAGACAAAGCUUGGAUUGCUGAAUGGACAUGUUCACGGCGAGACGCGACAGGCUAAGUCUAGAAAGGCUAUCAUUAGGAUGCUAGCGGCUGUCGUGAUCGCAUUCUUCGUGUGCUGGGCCCCGUUCCACGUUCAGCGCGUGUUUUACGUCUACGGCUACAGUCUCCCGCAUUACCACGUCAUCAACGAGCACCUCUUCAACGUCGCCGGCGCCCUAUACUACGUGUCUGCUACAGUCAACCCGAUCUUGUACAAUGUAAUGAGUGGAAGGUAA